AUGCCUGCUAAGAAAACUCUUACGAUCUCGGCCGAGACCAAGGCGUGGAUCCAUGACAUCCUCCAAUCCGAAUUUAGUCGCCAAGUAGAGUCCGUCGAGCUUCAGUUGGGCUCUAACAAUACCCAGGUGUAUACCGUGACCAUUGCCCCUGGGUCGAACGUCAGGACGAAUAAUACCAGUACCCGGACCGCAAGAAGCACAUACGGCGUACAAAUGGAACGCGUUCCGCAACCUGGAACGGAGACCCUGCCUGCCGACACCACGACCGUUAUUCUUCGCUUCACUGACGCGGGAGCGGAUCUCAACGACACCGUCCAGGUGCAAAACGAGGUGGCGGCUUAUUCUCUCGCCCGCGUCGCCCUGGCGUCGCUCGAUGAGCCCGUCACGCCCCGUAUUUACGGAUGGCGUUCUGUGAAUUUGGACACAAAGGUCUCUGGCUGGAUCCUGCAAGAGCGCAAGCGCGGCGUGGGACUGAAUGAUGAGGUGUUCAAAAAACUAGAUCGUGCCGCCAAGAACUCUGUCUUGACAGACAUCGCCAGGAUUUUUCACCUAUUACAGCAGUACAAGCUUCCGGUAUCAGUUGUUGGUUACGGUGGUCUCAACUUUGAUGACGAUGGCCGGGUUAUUACGGGACCGACGACUAUCCACGGCGCGACGAAAGCAUGUGCCACGUAUCGCGAACUAUGCUAUCAGUAUUUACGAACACAAAUUCAGAGAAUGGAUAUGUGUGACGUCGUGCAGGGCUGGCAGGAUGCACCGGACUUGCGCGCCCGUAUUGACGCCUUUGUCGAGCGGGGCUUCCAACCUCUCCUCGAACGGUCUAUUGAGGCAAACCCGCGCCCUAAUUUCCUCUACGAUCCCCAGACGAGCCGCAUCACGGCACUAGUCGACUGGAGCUUCAGUCACGUGGCCUCACUGUAUGACGAGUACUUUUACUCGUUUCCGGAGCUGUUCCACAUCGUGACGCCCGAGGACCCAACGUCGCCCUCCAAUGCCAUUCGACGUGCCCUUCUGCACGGACUGGUUUCUGUGUCCGACGAAGACAAAGCCGGCGUGCCGAUGGCGGACUGGACGUUGAUUGAACAGACCAACGCCGCAUUUGUUGUAGAAGGCGUCAUACGGCCGGUAGACCUGAUGCCGGGCAUUGAUACGCUCUCGGAUCUUUACUGGUUCAUUCAAAAUCUCAGUCCGGGCAUGUUUUAUAUGUCACGCGUACGGGCCAAAAUGGGACCACAACGGAUCCAAGCUGUGAAGCGCAACGCAAAAGACUCACUGGAGCAAACUCUGAAGCGGUGGGAAUAUUAA